AUGAAGGUUGACUUUGCUCCCCUGGAUGUUCCCUUCCAGAGGAGACUGCAGACUGCUGUGGUGCUGCUGUGGGUCUUCUCCUUCCUGGCUCUGGCGCCCCUUUGCAUCCUGCUUUACUUCUACUUGCUCUUCACUCCGUACUGGUCCAUCAGCGUCCUCUACUCCAUUUGGUGGUUUUUUGACUUCGAUACUCCCACACGAGGAGGUCGCAGGGUGCCCUUCCUGUGUGGCCUCAAACUGUGGCAGCACUUUCGGGACUACUUCCCCAUCAAGCUGGUGAAAACGGCCGACCUUGACCCUAAACUCAACUACGUCAUCGGCUUCCACCCUCACGGCGUCUUGGUGGCAGGAGCCUUCUCCAACUUCUGCAGCUAUGCCACCGGCUUCAGACAGAUGUUUCCGGGCCUCACCAGCCACCUGUUGAUGUUGCCCCUCUGGUUCCGAGCCCCCUUCUUCAGAGACUACAUCAUGUGUGCAGGUCUGAUUCCAUCUGACAAAGAGAGCGCUAGUUACCCACUGCGUCAGCGAGGAGGUGGCAACGCUGUGGUCAUAGCAGUCGGCGGCGCCCCGGAGGCACUGGAUGCUCAUCCUGGGACCUACAACGUCCUCUUAGCCAAGAAGAAAGGCUUCAUCAAGAUGGCCAUGGAGAAUGGGGCUCAUCUGGUGCCUGCCUUCUCCUUUGGAGAAAAUGAAGUGUUUGAUCAGGUGGAAAACCCCAGAGGAACGUGGCUCCGGUGGACCCAGGAGAGGCUCCAGAGCAUCAUGGGAAUCUCUCUGCCGCUCUUCCACGCUCGUGGAAUAUUCCAGUACUCCUUUGGCCUCAUGCCGUACCGAAAACCCAUCACUACAGUAGUCGGACGCCCCAUUAAAGUGAAGCGCACCGAGAAGCCCACAGUGCAGCAGCUGGAUGACCUCCACCAGCACUACAUGGAUGAGCUCAGCAAUCUGUUUGAGGAGCACAAGAGCAACUACGGAGUGGACCCAGACAUGCACCUCAGCUUUGUUUGA